GGUUUGCUCCCAGACAUCACAAAUUUGUUAGAAAGUUGGAGUAUUUGAGCUUUUUAAAUCACCUCAGCAUACAGGAAACCUCACAAUAAAGAGGGUGGUGAUUUUUGUGAGAGCAUAAGAAUAGAGCUAUAUAUUUGGUAGACAUUUUGGUACUCAAAUAUUUUCCUAAGUGUAACACUGAUCUUGGGUGAUGUGAAAACAUGCCUUUAUCGUUUCGAUUUUUUUGAUUUUGAUAGCUUUGCCACAUAUAUUAUUUGUUCCGUUAUUUUAAACGCCGAUUCAGAUGAUUUGAAUUUGCAUAUUUUUAGUGGUUCUUAUUGAUAUAUUUAUAGGGUACAUUUGUAAAAAAAAAUAUGCAUCGUUUACCACUGAUCUUGUCAACGCCUUCAGUGUAUUGGGAUCGUGAUGCACCGGAGUAUGCUUUAUUUGAAAACGCAAUGAACGAAAGUAAUAUAAACGAAACAGAAUCGUUCUUAUCUAUUUUGGAUGAAGCAGAAAAGUUGGCGAUUAGUAGAAAGAAAAUAUUUCAGAGUCAACUUGAAGGUGCACAUCGUCUUGUAAAUAGUGACCAAUUGGUUGAGGGUUUAAAGAUACUUAAUAUAUUGGUAUUGAGUGCACCGAAGGAAUCUGAUGUUUUUGAACAAGCUUUAAAAAUUAGAGGCGAUUUGUAUCUUCGACAAUGUUACUUUCAGGGAGCUAUAAAUGAUUUUGAAAUGUUUCUGCAUUCAAGCAAAAAAAGAAAUGAUCACUCGCAAUUAUGUGAAAUUCAUGGAAGUAUUACUAUCGCGUGUUAUAUGAUGCGAUUUUACGACAAAGCAAAAAGGCAUUUACGUUCGUACAAUAAAUAUAAAGCCAAGUUAUCACAAGAAUGCGUCAAUAAUAAUAUACUGGAGACAAUUAAUGCCCAUAUUUUCCGUUUUGAAUGUGAACUGGAUGAUUAUAACAAGGUGGAGUCCAAAUCUGAUACCACAUCACAAGAAAUACCACAUCUUGGAUUUAAUGAGGGAAAAGAAAUAAAGCCAAUACCGUCAGCUUGCACAUACAUAAAUAUCGAUCAUAAACAAAGCAAAUUUUCCGGAGUAUUUCCUAAAGUUGAUUUACCUAAAGCAAGUGCUAUUUUUUUAGAAAAACCAUUGAGUACAGGUCUGAAUGUGCCAUUAAUUCAAUGUGAAUUAUGUUUACACAGAAGUGAUCAAGUGUAUACUUGUUUCAAUUGUCGCUAUAAAACAUAUUGCUCAUUUGACUGCAUAGAAAAGGAUCAAAAGAUCCAUCAGUAUGAAUGUUCGGCAUAUAGAAGUCUUCUGAUUUAUAUUUUAGAUGCGCAAAACCUGUAUCGUUUAUUUAUUAAAGUGUCGAUGCACCUAGAUGAGCAUAUAUUCUCCAAGAAAUUAUUUAGGAAGCUGAUGUCAGCAGAAGACAUUUUGAAAAAUAUAGAGGAAAGCGUGGACAUUGAAAACUCUGAGUUCGGUUUUCUGAUGAAUUUAUUGCGAGUUAAACCAAAUUACAACAAAUUGCACAAUAUGCAAUAUUCCACAUUGGUUGUAACGGCCUUUCGUUUAACGAUGUUUAUAUUCAGAAAAGCCAACUUGAUUCUUAGAUUUUAUAAAAAACUUCGAACACCGGAUACACAUAAAAUGGUUCUAGUUGGUGUCAUAUUGAUGCGUCUCUUUUGUCAUUUGCUUUUGAACACUUUCGACUUCGAAUAUUUAAUUUCGUUGGUGGGAAAAAAACAGACAUAUAAAACAGUUUACGAUGAAAUAGCAGAAUGGACAAAACUUAUAACUCCAGUUCGACCGGAGGAUAGUGAAAAUAAACUCGAAUGUUACAAUUUAACCAAAGCUGAAAUUUUAGAGAGUUCAACGCGAAAUUUAGAAAUUUCAGAGGAACAAGAAAAAUAUAUGAGCAAUUUUACACCACUUAAACACACACAAUUAUGUAAUCCGAUAGAACGUCCCCUUUCUAUAUUUAAGGAUAAAUUAGUGGAACUAUAUUUUAGUCCAAGUGACACCCAAUUUAUAAUGUACGGCUAUAUGGCUGAAAUUACAACUUCUCACAAAGCCAUGAGUGCAUCGAUAGCGAAAAUGCCGAGUAUGGAACGCCUAAAGUUCGUACGAUCAUUUGUGAUUAAUUUCCACACACACUUCUUGAAUUACUUUUUACGGUUAGGAGUAAGCUUCAGUCAUGUGCGCCAGAUAUUAUCACAGCAUUGUCCUACUCUGCGUAAAUUCAAACAUUCGUGUGAUCCUAAUGUAAAAGUUGUUGUACUUGAUAACGGGAUGUUAAUGGGCAUAGCUUUGCGAGAUAUAAAAAAAGGAGAAGAGUUAGUGGUUUCCUUUAAAGCAAAUUGCAUUCGGCAUACACGUACGGAGAGAACUACAUUUUUGAAACAUAUAAAUAUCCAAUGCCAGUGUAAAGCCUGUCAAAUUCCUGUGGAAAAAGAGCUAAUUAAUAUUCGACAAGGAAUUUACUGCGAUGUCUGUUGUGGACACAUUAUAACUGCAAGUGAAGUAAAAUGUUCGCAAUGUGGAAAAAAUUUCAACAUACUCCUACUAAAAUAUCGAAAAGAGGUUACAAUGAUGGAAAAUAAUAUUGCACGCCUUACGAAUCCUGAAACUGAUAAGCGGAAACUGUAUUUAGUAAAUACAGUACUUUAUCUGCGUAUGAAAAAUAACUUCGUACCUUCGAAUGAAAUACGUAUUCAAGUGGAGCUGAGAUAUGCAAGGUACCUAGCGCUAAAAAAUUUUGCUGAAAAAUCAUAUCAAGUAUUGUGCGAAAUUAACAGGAAUAUUGCUCAGUAUUACAACGAAGAUAUUCUUUGGUUUUCUUUUUAUUCUGAUAUGCUUUUAGUAAUAAAAAUUAUUAUGUACUACAAUGUGGAUGAAAAACUUAACCCAAUAUCUCUUUAUUGUCUGCUGGAACUUUGUGAAUUUGCAUUAUAUAUACUUAAUGGGCAGCAUGAGAACCUAUGCCUUUUGAAAAUAGAUACUUUGGUACACACUGAAAUAUAUGAUGAGAUAAAGAUAUUCAAGAAAUGGAAGGUAACUCUUCAAUAUACUGCCUCCAUAAUUAAUGUAGUACCUAUUUCGGAAGAAAAUAAGGACUUAGCAGACGACGCAGAAAAUUUAUCCCACUUAAACAAAUCUAGUGAUAAUUAAUAAAUGCUUUCAUAAAAUGAUAAUAUGAUGUGAUUUCUAAAUGUCUUUGAAUUUUAAAUUUUUCAUUUCACUUAGCCUUAUUUCAAGUUUAGUGUAAAUUCAUGACACGCAAUUUAUGUAAUGAAGUUAAUUAUUGUAUCUUGAAUAAUGAACUACUGAUGUUAGUAUAACCGUAAUUAGUUUAAAUGUAAGGCUAAUGUACUUGUGUCAAUAUUAUAAAGAAACGACAUGUGUCCAUAAUAUUGUAAUACUAAUGUGAUUAUAUUAGUCCUAUAAAUGAUUCAUAAUAUUUUUAUGUACACACAUAGCAUUUAUUUUUACCAUAUUUUACUGAUUUACCCGUUUUUAU